GUCCCGGAUCGCGUGGAAUGCGGCAGACAGUGAGCGAACGGGACUUUUAUGGAAACUUGCUACGGGGGAGACGUAAUUUUACCCAAACGACAUUGAGACUGGUCGGUGGUGGUUGAAAACGGCUCAACAGCUCUCUUCGUCAAACCAACUCCCUGGACUACUGCAGGUCGCCCUUGAAGUCCAGCGUUGAGAGAAACGCAACACAUUUGGCCAAAGGUGUGAAAGUGAGGGUCGAUCCAAUUAAUCUGAACCAGGUCUGUCGAGAGCAAGAAGCAACCAUGACUGACGUAGCAAAGAAAGCCGAGUAUCGGCAACUCCUUGCUUCAGAUGAUGAAGAAGAAAAUAAAUCAAAUGAACUGAAGAAGGCGUACGUCCCCAAGUUGACAGGGACGGUUAAGGGAAAGUUUGCGGAAAUGGAAAAGAUAAGGCGAGAGGAGGAGAAGAGGAGAAUGGAGGAAGAGCGGAAGAGAAGAAUUCAGCAGGACAUCCUGGAGAAAAGGAAGCUACAACGUGAACUUGCAAAGAAAGGUGCAGAGGAAGAUGAAGCUUUGUCCUCAACCAUAGACGUUUCUGAAGGUGUUAACACAACACCAGGCAAAAUCAAAAUGCACUUUGAAGAUCUGGAGAAGGCACGAGAAGAUGAUGUUCACCAAAAAACUGAAGACGAGAAGAGGAGAAGAUACGAAGAAAACAGACGUUCCUUUCGAGAAGCGAAGUGCUCCUCAGCAGUGCUGUCAGAAAAAGAUGAUAACAAGGAGAGCAAAGCUGGCAGCAAGGGUGAAAUCCGUCCCGGGAAAUUGAAGCUCAGCUUCGAAGAGCUAGAGAGGCAGAGGCAAGACCAGGAGAAGAAGAAAGCAGAGGAGGAAGCCAGGCGGCGCAUUGAGGAAGAGAAGGCGGCCUUCGCUGAAGCAAGGAAGUCUCUACCUGAAGAUGAAGAUGACCAGCCUGAUCCCAGUGCAGCUCUGAAGGAGCCCGUCCGGCCUGGGAAACUGAAGCUGAGUUUUGAAGAGCUGGAGAAACAGCGGCGUGAGGAGGAGCAACGCAAGGCAGAGGAAGAGGCUCGCAAGCGCUUGGAGGAAGAGCGGAAACAGUUUGCUGAAGCUCGCAGAAGCAUGAGUCCAGACCAGGAUAGCACUCUGAAGGAGCUUGCAAGUUCAGACAAGGAGGAUUAUGGACCUAAUGAAUUACUUGAUGAAGAACCAACCAACUCCGUGAAAACAGCCUCUGAUUCUGACGAUUUGCACUGUCCGCGCAAAUUGGAAAUCAACUUUGAAGAACUUUUGAAACAAAGAUGGAGGAAGAGAAAAAGGCGUGCAGAGGAGGAGCGAAGGCAGAAACUAGAACUGGAAAAGCAAGAAUUUGAACAGCUGCGACAGGAGAUGGGAGAGGAUGAAAUCAAUGAAACCACUGAAAUUAUCAGUACAGAGUACGAAGAGCUGAAGAAUCUGAAAAGAACGGGUUCCAUUCAGGCCAAGAAUUUAAAGUCGAAGUUUGAAAAGAUUGGCAAGUUGUCGGAGGAGGAAAUACAGAAGAAGGUGGAAGAUGAGAGGGCUAGAAGGAGAGCAGAAGAUCUGGAAAUAAAGGAAAGGGAAUCUGAGCGAUUCAGGGAGGAAGAAAUAGAAGAAGUAAAAGAGCCCAAGAGAGAGAAUCCUCCAUUUACUCACAAGGUUGAUAUGCGAGCCCGCUUUGAGCAAAUGGCUAAAGCGAGAGAGGAUGAAGAAAGGAGAAAAAUUGAAGAACAGAAGCGUCAACGGAUGCAAUUCGAGCAGAAGGAAAUUGACGCAGCGUUGCAAAAGAAAGGAGAUGAAGAGGAGGAGGAAGAGGAAGGGAGUAUUGUUAAUGGAUCAACCUGUGAGGAUGACAUGGAUGAACUCGUACGAUCUGGAGCUCCAUGGUUCAAGAAACCUCUCAAAAAUACAUCGGUUGUGGAUGGUGAGCCAGUAAGGUUCACUGUAAAAAUUAUGGGAGAACCCACACCAGAAGUCACGUGGUGGUUCGAGGGAGAAAUGUUGCAGGACUGCGAGGACUAUCAAUACAUUGAAAGAGGAGAAACUUACUGCCUUUACCUGCCUGAGACCUUUCCUGAAGAUGAAGGAGAAUACAUGUGCAAGGCUGUCAACACCAGAGGAACAGCUGCUAGCACUUGCAUUCUCACCAUUGAAAGUAAGAGUUAAACUUGUACACUACUACUUCUCCAAAAGGAAAUUUUGCAAACUCAUCCACACACACAAUUCUAUACUUACUUUCUGCUACUAUUUUUCAAUGUCAACUAAUUCCUUUCCUUAAUUCUCUUUUAGCUGAUGACUACUAAAUCUCCUGGAAUUUCCUUCCUGUCCUCAACCUUUACUACAUCCAUCUUUUCCUACUGAUGGGGCCAAAAAAAGUCAAAUCCUACUGCCCUUGGGAAAAAUUGCUGUUGCGUUGAUCGUCAUUCCUCUUGCGGUUACGGAUAGCCUAGGAAAAAUGCAUGAUGUUUACCUACUGGUUUUAUUUGGUCAGUUUUAAACUUUUAAAAUUAUCUUGUGAUAUUCUUAUUUACCAGAUGCAUUAUAUCUGUAUGUUGUUAAGUGGCACCCACUUAUGAAUCAGUCUCGAGUCUAUAAACCUUUUUUAAAAACUGUAAUCCAGUGUUAUCCUAUUCACCAAAAUUCUUUCUUGGGCCAAUGUGAGGAAAAUGAUUUUAAAACCCAGCUGGAACCAUCCAUUGUGAUAGCCAACUUAGAAUUGGCAUAAAGGAGAUUUUUAAAAAAUUAAACAUAACGUUGAGAACUUGCUGGGUAUGUUCAAUAAUGAACUUUGGUUUCUCCACGUACAGAAAAAGGGUCUUUAUGUACAAUUACUGUAAAAAAAAAUUACCACAAAGCCUUAUGGACGGAGAUGCUCCCUCUUGCAAUGAUAAAGGGACAGGAGAGGCAAUACCUACUGCAUGUCAGACAAUUUGAGUCUCAAAUGCCCUUCACGCAGAUGUACUCUUUUGUAAACAGUUUAACUUCUGCUCAACUGUAUGGAAUUUUCUGAUGCCAUUUAAAAAAAGUUAACUUUCAAACAAAA